CCUGGACGGGACGGCUACCCGGGGCCUCUUGGUUUGGAUGGUAAACCUGGUCCUCCUGGGCAAAAAGGAAAUCAGGGGCCAGCUGGACCAAAAGGAGAUAAGGGUGACCAAGGAGAGAUUGGGCCAAGGAUGGUCUUUCCUCGCUAUGAUCACGGCUUCAUCUCUGCCGACCAGCCCACUUUCCAGAGACGUAUGCUGAAGGGUGACCAAGGCCAGGCCGGUCCACCAGGUCCUCCAGGUCCUCCCGGACCCCCUGGACCAAGAGGUCCUCCUGGAAACACAGGGAAGGACGGACCCCGGGGUCCCCCUGGGGCACAAGGUGGCCCUGGGAAAGAUGGACAUCAGGGACCGAAAGGUUUAGCAGGCAGUCCGGGUGCAGAUGGUCAACCAGGAUAUCCAGGCCCACAGGGGCCCCCAGGGUCAAAGGGAGAACAUGGUGAACCAGGAGCCAAAGGCGACCGAGGCAUGGACGGCCUCCCGGGCCUUAAAGGAGACAAAGGAGAAGUCGGAGAAACAGGACCUCAAGGAGAAAUGGGUCUUCCGGGUGAGAAAGGUACAUCAGGCUCAAAUAACGUCAUCACCUUCAACGACAAACUACUCGAUGCUCUUCAGGCGAUCCACACUAUCAGUGUUUCGGGACCGCCGGGUCCUCCUGGACCACCAGGACCUCCGGGAAAGGACGGGACAAAGGGAGAAAUGGGCUUACCUGGACUAGCUGGCGUAGAUGGAGCAAAGGGAGCUAAAGGAGAUGCUGGAGAACCAGGAGCCCCUGGAGAUAGAGGAGAGAAGGGAGAGAUGGGACUCUCUGGUCCUGCUGGAAUGGAUGGACAGAAAGGAGAGAAAGGAGACAGCAGACUAGAAGACAACCUGGUUCAGAUGAUUUCUCAGCCAGGACCACCAGGACCUGCAGGACCAAGAGGACCUCCGGGAUUUAUGGGUCAUCCUGGUAUUCCUGGUCCGAAGGGUGAUCCAGGGGAGAGUGUGAAAGGAGAGAAGGGUGACAGCGGAGCUACAGGAAUCCCAGGUGUUCAAGGCCCACAGGGGCCCUCAGGUCCAGCAGGGUUGGUCGGUCUUCCAGGAUCCAAGGGUGAAAAAGGAAAACAAGGAGAGCCCGGAUUAGACGGAUUCCCUGGUCUUACAGGAGAUAAAGGAGACACGGGGCCUAAAGGAGAAAAGGGCGAUCGUGGCUCUGUAGGCAAAAGAGGGCUGAAGGGACAGAAAGGAGAGCAGGGGCCUCCCGGGUUAGACCAGCCCUGUCCUGUGGGUUCUGCCGGAUGUAAAGGCCAGGCAGGGGACAGCGGGCAGGCUGACGCCGGAGCUCCCUGCCGGCUGGGUCCAGAUGGACUUCCGAUACCAGGCUGUUGGCACAAGGACGACAGGAUGAUGCAGAGGAUCAAGCGAAAGCGUCUGUCGCAGCCUUGACUACGCAGUCAAAGGAGUGAACUAAUCAGUGCGUCGUACAGGAGCGUCUUCGUGAUGAACUGAAGCCUGGCCAAGUGCCCUUGCUCUGGAGGGCACAUGGGAAUGUAGUGGCUCUGUCUCAUGAUGGUCACUGUUGUCCAGCGAGGAUGUUUUGACACUAGCUCUUCACUAGCUGAUGGAUGGAAAAGCUGAUUUUACGGUAGCUUCGCAAAGGCAAGCAAACAGUUGGGUGUCGAGUGUGUCUGUCUGAUACGGAAGUGAUAUCGAAGAGCUAAUUUUGAGUACCAUUUCUUGAUUUACUAUCAUUAGUAGUGUAUGCUUUUUUAAAAUUUGAUUUUAUUCAGCAUCUGCAAGAAAUGAACUAGUGUUUGGUUGCUCAGAUGGUUCGUUGUUUUUUGGGAGUUGUUUUGUAAUUAAGGAAGAUUAGCGUGUUACUGUAUUAUUAUUAUUAUUAUUAUUAUGUACACUACUAC